AUGAGUGGCCUGUCCGUGGUGCCGUACUCGCUGGCGGCGGCGUCCCAAGGAGGCGCCGGCGCGAAGCCGUCGAAGAAGCGCAAGAAACGCUCGAGCUCGGGCGCGGCGGAGGCAGGCUCGCUGAUGGCGGACUCCGGGUGGACCAAGGUGGACAUCGAGGACAUGCAGAUCGAAGGCUUUCAGGAUGGAUGCGCCUUCGAGCUGGAGGAGCUCACGGACUACCGCGUGCAGACGACGGAGGACGGAGGAAAACUUCUGUUCGGAGACAGCAAGACAAGGCAGCAGAAGAAGCAGGAAGAUGCUAGCAAUGCGCCGAAGAAGAAGAAGACCCGCGGUGGCAAGGCUAAGAAGGAGGAGGCUGUGGAGGUGGUUCCCUUGAAGGACGUGAAGCUGCCCAAGUGGAACAAGUUCAAGUUGCACCCGCUGCUGAUGCAGUCGCUGCAGACCUGCGGGUUCUCGGCUCCGACGCGGAUUCAGGAGCGUACGUUGCUCCCGGCGUUAGUGGACAACCGUGAUGUGGUUGGUGCGGCGCCGACGGGCUCCGGUAAGACGCUAGCGUUUGGCCUGCCGAUUCUGAGCCAGCUGCUGCAUGAGCGCGAGCAGCCUGGAUACACGAAGGACUGCAAGGCGCUGAUCCUGACACCGACUCGAGAGCUGGCGAUUCAGAUCCAGCAGCAUCUCGAGAAGAUGGUUCGUAACCGCGAAAUUGGCGUCGUCACUCUGGUCGGUGGUAUGGCUGUGCAGAAGCAGAAGAGAAUUCUCAGCUACCGACCGGAAAUCGUGAUCGGUACUCCUGGCCGUCUUUGGGAUAUUAUUGAGGCCAACCACGAGCACAUGAAGGAUUUGGCCACCACGCUGCGUUUCCUCGUGGUCGAUGAGGCCGAUCGUAUGCUGCAGCCUGGAUCGUACCCGGAGCUGGAGAAGAUUUUCGAUGUGCUGCGUCGCAAGAACAAAUCGGCGGCCUCGGAGCUCUCCAACCUCUCCGAUGAUGAUGAAAGCGAUGACGAAGAGAGUGAUGAUGAAGAAGUUGACAACAGAGGAAGUGACGAAGAAGACGAUGGCGAGGAUAUCGACAUGUCAAAGUUUGCGAGUGGCUCAAAGGUGAUGAUGCUGGACGAUGUGCUCAAGAUGCAGAAGAAACAGCAAGAGAAGGAGAAGAAAAGUGCUGUCGCCAAGAAGAGCGAGAAGGCCUCCAAGGCUAAGGUUGAGGCGGUUGCUCCCCCUCGCCACACACGUCAAACGUUCCUGUUUUCUGCCACGCUGAUGAUCCCGGAGGGUGGCCGCUUCCAUAAGGGUAAGACCAAGAAGUACCGCAACGCUUUGAGCGUUCUGGAGCGCGUCAUGAAGCGUGUGGGUCUCCGUGGAAAGCCUGCUGUCGUUGAUCUUAGCAUCGCGGAGCCUGACAUGGGCAUCCCGGGUGCCAAAGCUAUCAUAUCGGAGGAAGAUCAGCGGAAAAUGAAGAAGCAGCAAGAUAAUGUGGCCCUGUCGUUGCCUGCCGGUCUUGAGCUGUGCCAGCACGAGGUCACUGAGUCCACGCGCGACAGCUUUCUCUACUACUUCCUGACACAAUACCCGGGUCGAACGAUUAUCUUCCUAAACGCUAUUCACCAAGUGCGUCGGUUGACCAGCCUCCUGAGCCUACUGAAUUUGCCUGUGUUCGCUCUGCACGCAGAGAUGCAGCAGCGUCAGCGUCUGAAGAAGCUGGAUGGCUUCCGUGCCCACGCCAAGGGCAUUCUAGUUGCCACCGACGUCGCUGCACGUGGUCUGGAUAUCCCCAGUGUUGACUACGUUGUUCACUACCACAUUGCGCGCUCCACGGAGGUGUUUGUGCACCGCAGUGGCCGUACUGCUCGUGCCGACAAGGACGGUUUGAGUAUCUCUCUGGUGUCGCCCGUCGACGCCAAGUUCCACGUUCAGAUCUGCAAGAUGCUGCAGAGACCGACGGGGCUCUCGGACUUCCCAUUUGACCAUCGGUAUAUGGAGACGAUUGAUGAGCGCGUGCGCCUUGCCAAGAGCAUCAACGACCAGGAGAACGCUGCGGGCAAGCUCAAGUCGGAGGCAACUUGGUUCGAGCAAAUGGCUGCGGCCGCUGACCUGGACAUGGACGAGGACUUGCUGUUCGAACUGGGCGCGAAGCAGCGCAACCAGGACAGCAAGAAGAAGACCACAGCCAACCAGUCGGUGCAGACGCUUCGUGCGCAGCUCAACCGUCUACUCUCGCAGCCACUUCGUCCCGUGGGCUCGACGCGCAAGUUCCGACAGCUGCACAAGGAGAUCGGCUCCCAGCUCAGCGGCGACGGCGAGUACCGUACGCGCGAUGCGAACGAGGACCUGGCCACGAAGGGCAAGAAGUCGUACAAGCGCUUCCGCCGAAGGAAAUAG